GUUGGCUUUCACCUCAGAAUUACCUUGCCGUACUGCCGCUGACGAAUAACGUUCAGUCGAGACCGAGCUCAUCCGCGAUACAGUUGAUUUUCGCAUCAAACAGACAAAAUGGCUGAUGUCCCAAAGCGUGAAGUUGAAAAUGUGGAGUUCGUCUUCGAGGUUAUGGGCUCCCCCGGCGAGGGCAUCGAUGCCGUCGACCUAGGUGAUGCCCUCCGCGCCCUGAACUUGAACCCCACCUUGGCGCUGAUCGAGAAGAUGGGCGGCACCAAGAAGCGCAACGAGAAGAAGAUCAAGUUGGAUGAGUUCCUGCCCAUCUACUCACAGGUGAAGAAGGAGAAGGAGCAGGGCUGCUACGAGGACUUCAUUGAGUGCUUGAAGCUCUACGACAAGGAGGAGAACGGCACCAUGAUGCUGGCUGAGCUGCAGCACGCCCUGCUGGCGCUUGGUGAGAGCUUGGAUGACGAGCAGGUGGAGACUCUGUUCGCCGACUGCAUGGACCCCGAGGAUGAAGAAGGAUUUAUCCCCUACUCUCAGUUCGUCCAGCGCCUGAUGAGCGAUCCAGUCGUCUUCGACUAAACACAUUCCUCGCCAGAAUGUGUGACAGACCAGAUCAGCUAAAAUAGUUGAAAACAACAGCUUCAAACCAACUACUACAACAACACCAACAAACUUUUAGCGACAACCAUUCUCCAUAGAUGUUAUAUUCAUCGCUAACUCUCUCUAUCUCUCUCUCGUAUAUUAUUUUAAUUAAAAAUUACUUCUGCUACUACAACUGCAAAAUUGAACUUCAAGAUAAUAUUAUUUUUUAAAAAAUAAAAAAAUUUAAAUUAUAAAAUAACGAAAAAAAAACUGAAAAAAGAUUCAACGUUUUUGUGCCCAUUAUUUUGUUAUGAAUUUUUUGUUGGUUCACCCAAAGAGCAAAGCAAUAGUUAAUGAUUAUUUUAUAUGAGACGUAAAUAAACCAAAUAGCAAAUAAAAUAAUGUUUAGGCAAAUUCGACACCCUCGAGAGCCAAAAGAAGAGGCAUUAACCAAGACACAAAUUGUUGUUCUUGUUGCCUUUGAGCCUUCUGAGUUUACCAUGUGAAUGUGUGAAAGAGAAAUAAGUCAAAUGUAUUUAAAUAAACACUAAGAAUAACCGUGCGGCCCAAAAGGUGUUGCACAAUCAAUGAAAA